GUGGGUUUAUUCUAUACCUUAUUUUUGAAAUGACACGUUAGACGAAAUAUAGUUUAUAGAUACGAAUAUAAAAAUUGGAAAUUUAUGCCAUGUUUGGAAUCGAACCUGUGGUUAAGCCCAUUUACGGGCCUAUUUUCAAAGUGAGAAAUUGAAAGGUAUUAUAUUUUCGCGAUGUUAUCAGAGGUCGAUGUAUUCAUUAGUAAUUAUACUCUUGUGGAUCCCGAGAUAUAUCAACUAUGGGUUGAUGGUCAUUCUUCUAGCGAGGCGGUAAAUAUCCUAAACCAACGUGGAAUAUGUCAUCAAACGAAUGCCUCGAUUGAAUUAGUAGCUUCUGAUAUUCUCGAUCAUUAUCGGACUUAUGCCCUUUUAGAAAAAUUACUUCACACGCCUACUAAAUUAGCGAGUGAACAACUCGCGUUUCAAAUCGAACCACAAACUAGUCAGAUGCUUAUCGAAAUGUAUUAUGAAUUCGAUGAUGUUGUUAUUCGAGAAUUGUUAGGUAAGAAGCUAACAUCAAAGAGUAGAAAGGACAUGGACGAAGUGUCGGAAAAAACAGGUAUCACAUUGAAGAGUUGUCGUCGACAGUAUGAUAAUGUUAAAAGGGUAUUCAAAGUCGUUGAAGAUUUGCCAGGUUCUCUAGCUGCCAACAUCGAACAGCAUUUUUUACUUUCUGAAGACCUUGCCAAGCGAUACGCUGCUGUGGUAUUCAUAGCAUGUCUUCGAUUUGAGAUGAACAAAAGAAAGCUUCAAUUUUUAACAUUUCCCGAUCUAUACCAUUGCGCCAACAGUAUGAUGUUGUCAUGGACAUACCGUUGUAUUGGUUCCGAAUAUUUUGACACCGAUCUGGAUAGAGAAUUUUUAUUAGAAUUAGCAGAAUGUAGGGUACUUUUGGAAAAUGAUAAACAUCAUAAACAUUUGGUAUGCAUCAAGCUUAAACCUAUGCUUUUAGAACGUUCGUAUCAAGAGAUAGAUGCAAAUUUUCGUUCAUAUACAAGAGCUAUCCUAGGAAUAGGAUGUAAUCUUCAUCGCUCCAGAGAUCUACGAUUUUUCUUUUUGGAACUGGUAGAAAGAUGCAUAGAACCAUGGCGUCAAGUAAAUUGGACGCAUACCGAUCUCAGAAAUUUCCUGUCAGUUUAUACGCAAUGUGCACUGGAUAUGGAUGUACUUAGAAACAACGAAUUAAGAGAUGCUUUUGAACGUUACAUGACUGUUGUUACGUGCUGUUUAUUGCGUAUGUAUCAUACAUGACUAUUAACGGAUGAGGAAAUUGGUGUACAAAAAGUGAAUGCAAUUGGGAAUGCCGAUAAGUGAAACGUAAAAAAUGAAAUUAAUCCUGGAAAUUGUAACUA